AGCUGUAAUUUGUCGUUUUCUUUGUCUUAAUAAACUUUAUUUUAUCCAACCGAGAUAUAUGGUUUAUUACUAGAUUCCCACAUUCUUACUUUCAGGAAAUAAUGUAAAAGUAAAAAAAAGAAGUAAAUAUUGAUGGAUACCACGAAAAAGAAAAAGUACCUCAAGACGAUUAUAAAAUACUCUUAAUGAGACAACCUUGCCAUCCGGCUUCAGCAUAUUUAAUAAAUCAUUAAUAAACAAUUUUCGAAAUUCUAGGUUUUUCAGAAAACGUCAUUAGAAACUUUUGAAAAUAUAUGAAGGGUAUUUUAGAGAGUGUUUUGGUCAGUUGAUUUUGUUUUGCCUGAGCUAGCGGUGCUUUUCCAGUUAAAAAAAAUGAAUCGAUUUGUUGCUUUGGUGGUUGUUGUUACCUUUAGCGCUGUUUUGGCAGCUCCUCAUUCCCCGGGCUAUGCAGGAUCAUCUUCUAAAGCUUCAGCAAGCGCGGAGGCUAGCAGCUUUGGUCAAGGUUUUGGGGCAAAUAAUGCUGGUGGAUGCUGUGGAGGGUCGUUUGGAGGGUUUGGAGGAAGCUCUGCUAAUGCCGGAGCUCAAGCAGGCGCAGGGAGCUUUGGUGCAGGAGGAUUUGGAGGAAGCUCGGCGCAAGCCAAUGCAGAAGCUUCGGCUGGCGCAGGGGGUAUUGGUCACGGGUAUUUAGGGAAUUCAGGAUCUUUUAGUUCAGCUGAUGCCGGGGCAAGUUCGUUUGCUAGAGGAGCUCGUGCCCCAGUUGCUCAAUUUGGUAUUUCCGGUGCAAAUUCGCACGCGCAUUCGGUAGGAAUCAGCAGCCCAUUUGGAAGCAUUGCAGGUAGUUCGUCCAAUUCUCACGCAGGCGCAGCUGGAUUUGGAGGAUUCGGAGCGGGUGCCCAUGCUAACGCCGGCGCAGGCGCAGGAUUUUUUUAAAUAACCAAGACUGAUUUGGAUUUAAUUUAAAUUGCGUUAUUGUAAAAAUAAAUAAUUUGUAGAAUUGUG